UUCAGAAGAAGAGGCUGUUGUGCGUUACAUCCAUCUUCAGAAAAACAUCCGCCAUCAGCUUGUCUGCACCAUGGGAGCCGUUCUGGGACUCUGUUCCAUGGCUAGCUGGAUCCCCUGCCUCUGUGGCAGCGCCCCCUGUCUGUUGUGUCGAUGCUGUCCAAGUGGAAAUAACUCGACCAUGACUCGCCUCAUCUACGCCUGCUUCUUGCUGCUGGGAGUGGCUGUUGCCUGCAUCAUGUUGAUGCCUGGUAUGGAGGGCCAGCUCAAAAAGAUUCCAGGAUUCUGUGAAGGAGGGAUUGGUUCAUCUUUACCUGUUUUAGAUGGCAAAGUGAACUGUGACGUUCUGGUUGGCUACAAGGCUGUGUAUCGGGUUUGCUUUGGGAUGGCCAUGUUCUUCUUACUGUUCUCUUUGCUUAUGAUCAAAGUAAAGAGCAGCCAAGACCCCCGAGCAGCACUUCACAAUGGAUUUUGGUUCUUCAAGUUUGUUGCAGCUCUUGGCAUCACUGUUGGUUCGUUUUUUAUCUCAGAGGGACCUUUCACUACUGUGUGGUUCUACAUCGGGAUGGCAGGAGCUUUUUGUUUCAUCCUCAUCCAGCUGGUUUUACUCAUUGACUUUGCUCAUUCCUGGAACGAGUCCUGGGUGGAGAAGAUGGAAGAGGGCAACUCUCGCUGUUGGUAUGCAGGUAGGAUAAAAACCUUAGGAGUUUAAACAUACAUAACAUGA